UUGCUGGUUCAGUUAGUAGCACGUCAUUGCGAAGGGUCGUUUGUCCCGUCAAGCAGUGUCUCAUGCGUGACGGUAACUCAUACAUGCAUCCACGUCUAUCUUACUCCUAAGCACUCGCUGCACGGCCCAGCUAACGCUAGUCAGCCUGCAGAACACACCCUAACACCCACACAAUCCGCAGACCAGGUACCGUCUGCAUCAUCUGUGUGGUUCCCACCCUGUAUCUAAGGCGCCUGGCCGUCGAGCACGAUGGGUGCGAUGGGCCCGAGCACGCGACGCGCCUUGGCGGCCGUCAGGGAAAACCGAUGGGCGAAGGGGGCGUCAUGGGGGACACCUGCUGCCGGCAACUCGCUGGUACUGAUGGUGACAUGGACUGCACGCAGACAACAGCAGAUCAGUACGACACGACAGCAUGAGAAUGUGCUGUUAAUGUGUGUGCAUACGUACCGCUCUGGUCGUCGUCUGGGUCUAAUCCGAAGAAAAUCCAUGAGAUGAAUGGGUCGGCAGCCGUCGUCACGAAAUGCGCCUGCCCACAGUGCUCACUGGCGGCCUCCCAUGUCGUCACAUUUGAGCAUCCGUUGAGGGGCGUGUGUGGCGAUCGGGUCAUGAUGCGGUCCAGGUGGCCGCCACGUGCACUCCUGACACACAUCAAUAGCGCACACAUAGCGAUUUGCCCUCUCAUUGCGUGCCGUCCAUCCGCUCACCGGACUACCACCACGUCUGGCGAGGUGGUGAAGCCGCGAACAGCAAACAGCCGGUGAGUCCGCACCAGCUCCUUCAGCAGGGAGCUCGCCAAUGCGUAAACGGCCCCGUCAUCAUUGACGGUGCCAAUCGUCCUCCAGCCCAUACCAUGCAGCCACGUAAUGCAGUGGCGGACUGGCGGGUCGUGUGGCUUGGCGUGGUGGGUGAAGGGGUGCUGCAAGAAGGGAUGGACGGGGCGGUUGGGGAGGGGGAGGGGCGGGUUGAGUGAGAGGGUGAAGUUGGGCUUGUUGCGGAUGGCGCGGAUCUCGUUGUUGUUGUGGCGGAACAGCUCGAGUGUGCCGCCUUGCUGGCCAUUGGGGCGGCGGAAGGCCACACCGCGGCCGACGAGCAUCCACUGCGCAAAUACACGGGGCAGCGACAAGAAAUCCUGCACCCAACAGUUUACAUCCACUGGCAGCAGCUCGCCCAUUGCCUCUUCUGUGUGUCGUGCUUACCGCCUUGGUGGCGUGUGUCUGCAGGUCUCCAGACCCACAGUGACCGGCAGCUGGCAAUUGCCGCAGUGCUCCGACAGUCUCAGUGUGCCACCCACCUCCCGCCAGCCGCCCUCGCCCCCCUCCUCCACCAUCCACAUGGCCUUCAUCACAUCGCCGCGGCUCAGCAAAGGGUCGAACUGCACCACACCGCUAACCCCCGCCUGCUCGAUGGCCUUCAGCAGCCGACUGCGGCGGAUGAUCGGCCGAAGGGCAUUCCUGAUGGGUCGGGCUGUUGACCUGACGCGGGCGACGGCGGUGAGGUCAGACAGUUCCAGGACGACGCUCAUGGGGUUGGCGGGGAUGUCAGAGAUGUGCAACCGUCGCGCCUGAUGACACACCCAAGAGGUGCACACCACAUCAGUGUGCGUCUUGUAUUUGUGCCUGCCUGCGGUCACUCUCUCACCUGUGUGCGGCUAUGUGUUGUCAGUGCGAUGGUCGAGUUGAUGGUCUCUGCCAACUCGGCCAGCAGGUCGGACACAGCAGCAAAUUGACGACUCACCUUGGCUACCAUCUGACGAAUGAAUCAACACGACGAGAGCAACGCCAAGAAAGUAGACUUCACAGACACACAGAGGGCUUUGUGGUGUGUUUGGCAGCCUGCCGCACCAGUGGUGCCAUCGAAGCAGCGGUGUCGGUGUCCAUCUGCAGGAGUUGGUCGAUGCAGCUGUUGACCUGCACACGCACACCACCACACACACACACACACACAACAAGCAGCUGGUGAGCUUUGGAUGCACUGCAUGGAAUGGGUGAUUUGGUGUGUGUGAUGGUGAGCUGAUACCUGAGCCUGCUUCAGCCGAUAGCCUUCUACCCGGGGCAGCAGCUGGCCCCGUAUCACUGCGCUCAUCUGCACCAAGCCGAAUGACAAACCACACAGACAGCACAAAUUGUUCACGCCGUGAUACAGGUGCUUUGUUGGCCUGCAGGCUUCUGUUCUCUCACCUGGGCGGCAGUACUGGCAGCAUCAUGCGACCAAGUCGCGAAAGCUAUGGAUCGGAGUGCUGAUUUGUGGCUUCGACAGGCUCUGCACGCCUCUGUCGUCGCCGUGCUACGUUCUCUUCGCUCCUUUGGCUCUUCCCGAUUGCGAGCUGACCGUGGAGUUGGCGGUUUCAGGCAGCAUCCUAAGGCCUCCAGCUGCGGGUG